AGCGAAGUGCUUCGGGUAGAAGAAGAGAAGACUCGGAAUUAGAAGCGGAAGAAGACGACGCGAAGGAGAUCGAAACCCGAAACCCUAGCGCUCUCUCUCUCCGGUACUCUUCCUCCUCUUACCCUUCUUUGAUCUCAGAAGCCGCCGACGCGCCAAUUCCGAUCGGAUCGAUGGAGGAAGAGCGGCCCGCGCUGGAACCCGACGCCUCCGGGGGAUCCAGCUGGGCGUUCUCUGGCGACGGUGCCGCCGCCGCGAUCGCCUCCCUCGAGGACCUCUACGGCGGCGGUGGCGGCGGCGACGGCGAAGGGGAGAUCGGUUGGGGCCUGCCGCUGGGUCCUCCCUGCGUCGGGGAGGAAGGUGUGUUCCCCCCGCUUCUCGAAGUACCGGAGUCCUCGUCCGGAUCCGCCCCCGCGGCAGCGGCGGCAAAAGCAACCAGGGAGGAGCGAUCGGAUCCUCCCGCGGCCUCUGGCGAUGCCGCGUCUUCGGUCUCGAGCGAGGAGCCGCCGCCUGAGAGCGACGAGAAGGCGGCCGAUACCGCGAAUAAAACCUGUAAGAAGGGAAUCAAGCGCACUCGACAACCCAGGUUUGCAUUCAUGACCAAGAGUGAGAUAGAUCACCUUGAAGAUGGCUAUAGGUGGAGAAAAUAUGGGCAGAAAGCCGUGAAGAACAGCCCAUUUCCGAGGAGCUACUAUCGGUGCACCAACAGCAAAUGCACGGUGAAGAAGAGAGUGGAGCGUUCAUCUGAAGAUCCCAGCAUCGUGAUCACCACCUACGAAGGGCAGCACUGUCACCACACCGUGUCUUACCCUCGUGGAGGCUCACACCUUCAUACCGCAGCAGCCCUCGCAGCAGCUCAACAACUAGCUCUAUCGGCGCCGCAGUUGUAUGCACCACCAUCGCCGUUCCCUCAGAGCCCUUCGCUGAUCCAUCCACAGCAAGAACAGCGACCCCCGUCCCUGCUUGACCGAACCCUAGCACUUCCCGCCGUCGACGAGGGUCUGUUGGGUGAUAUAGUCUCGCCUGCGACGAGGAACAGAUGAAUAAUUGGGCAGCCGUGGCAAACAGUGGAUGCAUCUCUCAGCUUACGAAUGGAGAUAUUGUUUAUGGCUGCGUGGAAACAUCCCUAGCUAGGCAUUGCCCGUUCAGAUGUUGACUUCUCUGACACUUGGCUGGUUUUAAUGGAUGCCAACUCCUGUUUCUUUUGUUGUCCUUUCGAUCAGCUGUAUCAUUUCUCUACUCUGUAGCACGAUUAACUACUGUAGAUUUCUCCGGUGCAGGAGCAUUAAAAAGCUAGCUUACUGUCUCCUCCAUGUAACACCAGAUUCAGAACAACCCUAAUUUAAGAGUGCUGUUUAUGGAUCCA